AUGGUAGUCAUUCCACUAUAUCGAUCUCAAGCUUUUUUUUGCACAACUGAUCGACUAUGGCUUUCUCAUAGACCCCCUGAAAAUUUCGGUGGACGAUUGAGAGGUCGGAAUCAUCACCAUUAUCAUCAGGAAAGCAAACAGGCCGGUAGAAAAGCAGCGUUGGAGUCGCCGUUGUACUAUCCUUCGGGGUCACAAAAAGGUGUCGAAAAGGGCACUGAUACUUGUGAGGGACACGAUAAAGGACCUAUUCCCGGAACGGAUGGUUUUUGCUCAUCGUUUAAUUAUCGGGAAAAAGGAGGUACUCGUGUACCGUAUAACAUGGGAAGCCGCAAAAGCUUUCGCGAUUCAGUACAAAAGGCCUCCCUCCAAAUCUUACCUACAAGUUUCUCUGUGAUGCCGGACUCAUUUUUGGCCUACCGUACGCUCCUGCGCAAGGGCUGUGUGACGCAUAUCAUGGAGUUGGUUAUCUCUCCCUACGCCCCAGGGCCACUGUGUGUGGUUCAUGAGGUAUUGGAUGAAAUAUUAACCAUAAAAGAAGAACUACAAUGCUCAUUACAGCCGUCUUUCACUAAUGCGCUUAAAAUCAGUGGCAUUCGGAGCGACGACGCAGCUCGCAAAGUGGAAUGUGAGGGAAGGUCGGAAUUCGACAAAAAUUUAGAAAGUUCAAACAAAACGGUAAGCGCGUCUGAUAACGAUGCACUUAUUCACGCUUUGCCUUUCACUUGCCUUGAUACCUCUAAUGGCGAAAAAGAGAAUGUCUUUCUUCAAGAUGAGUUCUUAGAGCGCAUUUCAUCUCUUGAACGACUAGAAACUACUAUGAGUCGUUCAGUGGAUCUUCGUGAGGUACUGCAGAAAGUUGAACUCAGUGUCCAGGAAGUGGUAAAGGGCAACGAUACCAUCGGAGACCGAAGUAGUGACCUUGAUCUUCAGACGACUAUUCAUGAGGUCGAGCGUUUUGCUAGUCACAUACUUGAAAACAAUGGGCAAGAUGUUGAGGUGAUGCCUUUUAUGACUUCUGAAGCCAAGAAUUGUGUUGAGAGUCCGGACUCAUCCAAGGCACUCACUCAGGGAUUUCUUUUAAAUGGUGGGACGCAAAAGUGCGGUUAUACCUCUCUUAAGAUUGCCUCUCUUCUAGCAUGGCGACUACCGGCGAAUGUGUACGCGGAGCUCCUUCAUGGUAUCCUCAGGUUGAGCCACCACCUCGGCACCCAUUUGUUGGCGGUGAGGGCAUUGGAAAAACUCAUCGAGCUUACCACCAGGGUGGCUUUCCAUGAGGAACGCAAGAAGCUUGUUGAUGGGGAUAACACAAAUAAAGCAACCCAUGACGAGGGUCCUUUCGGAAGAACGAAGGGUUUGGCGCCUUGUCGGACCCCGAACGAUGCCACUAAUCUCCCUGGAAGAGAUGAAUUCAGGAUUGAUGACGUUGUUUCAGUCGUUGAUGCUGAGCUGCAAGCCGAGUUUGUUGGAGUCAUGGCGCAGGACCAUAUCUGUACUAUCGCGAGUUGUCAACGCGUAAAGGAUUUUGAAACCGCGUGUAGUCUCUACCGACGUCUUUUACAGCAUGCGCUGGAGUGGAAGGACAAUAUUAGAGAUCCAUCUCCCACCUCUUCACCAGGACCGGGUUUCCUGCUUACCACAGACGAACUGGCGCAGGCUUUUACUGCGCUCGCACACUGUGCACAUAACACUUCCCAUUUUGAGGAGCUUCGAUCCAUCUUGACUGAGGACGAGGCGUCUAGAGCGAUUCCUGUUUCUGUGCCUCUGUACACUGCGCUUAUCUAUGCGGUCAGCCGAGCUACCGAGAUUCCGGACAGGAUGGCAAUCGCCCUUGCUUUCUAUCGCCGGCUACGGGACGGGAUUCUGGUUCCUUCAGUCGAUACAUACGCGGCGCUCAUGGCUUGCUGCGCCUCUACGCGGGAACCCACACACGCCUUUGCCUUUUACCACGAAGCUCGACAAAUCUAUGGUGUGGAGCAUUUUUCCCCUAAGCUUUACACCAACCUUCUCCUGGCCUAUUCUAACUUUGGUUUUGGCGCGGACGCGCGUCGGACGUUGGAUGUACUGGUGGAGGCAGGGGCGCCUCUCACCUCUUCGGCCUUUCACGCGGUCUUGAGUGGCGCUCUAACGCUGCGGGAGGCUGAGGAGGUGGUUGAAAUGAUGGUGAACCAGUACCACAUCUCACCCACGCCGCACACAUACGCCUUUCUUCUUCACGCGGCGAUGCGACAUCCUGCGGGGGUUCAGACCGCGCUGAAACUCUUUGAUCUUCACGAGGAAGCGACGGUUUCACUGCUGAGGCUCACACCAGAGGAUACUUCCCAAUUACCUUCUUCAGCCUCUCCUACAGCUCCCUUGUCCGAAAAGGUGGCAGUGAGCUCCAAGCCGGAGGCCGCGACGCUGGAAGAGCGGCUGCUUCGGGACUACCCAUUGUAUGUGCGCUCUCUCGAGAAUGCCUUGAUGGGACUGAGGAUCGAUCCUUACCAGGAUCCGAGGCUGCGGCGCUAUCUUAAGCCUCUCAUGCGCGUCGCCCAGCAGCGCAUGAACGCGUUGACGGAGAUGGCCCCUCAGGCACCAACCUUCAUCCCGGUAGGGGCCUGCCCUUGUGUUGCCGUACUUGCCCCAGACGUGCUUGCCGAGAUUGAUAAGUUAGUGAUGCCUUUUAUUUCCUAUUAUUCUGUAAUAGUUAUUCUGUACUCGGCGUUGGUUGCAUUGCAGAUGGGCCGAGGGAGGCGCGUGGAUGGAACGAUGCCCAAGGGCUAUACGGGGCGACUUGAAGGUUUGUCCUGGCAAAGCGCCAUGACGGAGCACGACGCCAUGGUGGAGUACCGUUGGAAGUGUUUGAAAAAGUUCCUUAAAGAUUACCAGGAGGUGAUACACCUUGUAUCGCUUGAGGAAGAAUUGCUAUGGAGCCGUGACGCCCGUCGGUAUGGCAUCUUUAACACGAAGGACUUACACGCAAAGAGUGCGGCUUUCGCACUUAACCUUUCUCGCAGAGACAUUCCUCACUCUAUGAAGCUCUACGCGGACAACGAAAAGCUGUCUGUUAUUCUCGUAUCCACCAAUUACACCCGCUGUGGACGCUACGUGGUCGACCUGAAGAGGAGCUACCUAUCGAAGAAGUCGUCUGUUAGCCACGGGCCAGUGUUUGAAGGCCUAAGUGCUGGAUUGAGAAAAGUUUUUUUUCAUAAUCCUCACACGCAGCCUAAUUGGACCCCGCCCACCUUGUCGAUUAAAACAACAACCAUGAAAAAGGACGCGAUGGGUGCAGACGACGGGGUAGAGGGCAAAAAGAAUUAUGUGACACCAAAGCUUGAAAAGGACAGAAUGGCAGGGCUUGAUACCACAUCGGCAGACUUUGCAUCCCAUCUUUACCGUAAACAUCUUCGUCAAUGUGAAAAUGCUUCAGUUCUCGUCGAUGUUGAUGAUAAGGAGAAUUUUAAGCCGAAUACUCACCAUACAAAUGACAAUAUUGUGGAUGAAAAAACUGUCAAUACAGCCGAGUCUAGAAAUUCAGACAAAAUACACAUUGUAGCAGAGACCAAUCAGACUGAUGAAGCGAUUGACGCUGAGAUUCUCAUGGCAAUGAUGAAUCUCUGA